AUGGCAAGUGGUAAUUUGACAAAUUCUAUUCAUUCACAAGUAGAAAUUCCAAUUUCAACGACUGACAUUCGAAGAAAUAAAUUUGAAAAGAAAAUUGUUGAAAAUUUUAUACUUAUUUGGUUGGAUAAAAAUAUAUAUGAAACAUUCGAACAAUAUGAAAAUCCACUUCAACUAUUUCAAUCAUUCGUUAAUACAAUAAAAUUAUUUUCUAAUCCAGAUGAAUUUUACAGAUUUGUUCAAGAUAUUAAAGAUGAAAAGCUAUUUAUAAUUACAUCAGGUAGUCUUGGUGAAAAGAUUAUUUCUCAAAUAGAAAGUCAAACGUAUAUUUAUGAAAUUUAUGUUUAUUGUAAUGAUAGAGAAUAUCAUGAAAAAUGGGCAAAAGAUGUUCGAAAAGUAAAAGGAGUUUAUACGGAUCUUCGAUCGAUUCGAGACGCAUUUCGACGAGAUAUACGUCAAACAACUAAUGAUUUAAUACCUAUUAGUAUUCUUCCAACUGUAAAUUCAACUGAAUUAGAACAAUUAUUUACUUGUUCAUUAUUAUUAAAAGAGAUUUCGAUUCAUAGUGAAUCUAACGAACAAAAGAAAAGAGAUUUUAUUGAAUAUUCUCGUUUUCAUUAUGAUGAAAAUUUUACACAAUUAAAUAUUAUCAAUCAAUUUCAAAAUAAUACUUAUAAUCAAAUAUCACCUAUUGAAUGGUAUACUAGAGAAUGUUUUAUUUAUUCGAUGAUAAAUAGAACAUUAAGAUUAUAUGAUAUUGAAAUUCUAAAUAAAAUUUCUUUUUUUAUUCGAGAUUUACAUGAACAAAUUAAAGAUUUACAUAUGAAAACUAGUAAUAAUACAAAAUUAAUUGUCUAUUAUGGACAAGAAAUUUCAAAUGAACAAUUUAAUAAAUUAUAUAUAAAUAUUAAUAGUUUAAUAUCUUUUAAUAAUUUUUUAUUAACAACAAUCGAUAAAGAAUCUUCAUUUUAUUUUGCAAAACAAUCAGAAAAUGAGUCUAAUUUAGUAUUCAUAUUAUUUCAAAUAGAAAUUGAUCGUUCAAAAACAUCUUUUCCAUUUGUAAUAUUAGAUGAAUUAGAUUAUUAUCAUGAUACAGAACAACAUAUUCUUUUUUCAUUAAAUCCAAUAUUUCAAAUUAUUAAAAUUGAACAUAUAGAAGAUAAAUUAUGGCAAAUUAAUUUAAUUUUAAUAGAUCAUACUGAUAAUAAAUUAAAAGAUCUCAAUUGUACAGUACAAAAAAAAUGUGAAAAAUCAAAAGGAUUUUAUUCAUUAGGUCAGAUAAUAUUUGAAAUGAAUGAUUUAAUUAAAGCAAAAUAUAUAUUUGAAAUCUUACUUCAAAAUACAAUUGAUAAUAAUCGAAAACAACUAUUUGAUAUUCAUCGUAUGCUUGGACGUAUCAAUCAAAAAUUGAAAAAUUUUCCAAAUGCACUUUAUCAUUAUUAUGAAUGUAUGAAUAUUCAAUCGUCUUAUUCUUCAUCGAAAGAUUUUUUACUUUCACCAACUUUUGCUGCUAUUGGUGCAAUUCUAGAAAAAUUAGGUGAUCAUAAUGAAGCUAUGAAAUAUCUUCAGUAUGCUGUAGAUAAUAGUCAUCAAAUCACUAAUAUUGAUUCAUCAAUUACGGCAAUAUUUUAUAUCAAUAUUGGUCGAAUCUUCUAUAAACAAAAGCAAAAUCUUGAAGCACGGAAAUAUUUUGAACUUGCAUUGAAAUUUCAACAAAGUGCUCGUAUACAUGAUGAUAAUUUACUAGCAGAAAUAAAUCACUAUUUAGCGAAAUUAUCUUAG